CUGGCGGAGGAAGGACUCACCUCAUAGUACCCAGGGUUCAUAUAUUGAACUUGUUGGAGGUGUCUCUUCGUAGGUAACAUUAAAGUAAUAGGCUAUUUAACUAAACGUUGUUUUUGUCCGCGUGUCGCUGGAGGCUGUGAAGCACCGAGGAAUAUUACGUUCACUGCUUCAGAGUCGCAGAUGCAGGAGGUCAGUGAGGCCCACAGUCUGGAUGAUGACAUGGUGGAUGGAGAUCUUGGUGACGGGAUGGAAGUCAGAGCAGCGCCCAGCUCCAUACGGAUGAAGAGCCAGAGCUUUGCUGGUCUCACAGAGAGUCUGCUGUCCAGAUCAGAGCUGCUCAGGAGUGGCAGCCAUGCAGGAGAAGCAGCCUGGAUCCCUGGACUGAAGGCUGCAGAGAGGCAGCAGAGAGCCCGUUGGAAGCUGCCGCGCUCCAGCUCCCUGGGUGACCUGUCCAAGGACGAGCUGAAAGACAGACUACAGGAAGCAGCUGAGGUGAUAGAUGUGUUAUGCUGUGAGCUGGAGGUGGCACAUCGUUACCUUGAAGGCAAAUAUGAAGCCCUGAAGAUCUUACAGGGGAAGGCCAUUCUUGACAAAGCCACGAGUCACACUAAGAGUCUGCUGCAGAAGAGUGAGGCGAGGGCUAAAGCUCUGGAGAAGGAGGUGAACAGCCUGCAGUGGGAACUCAGCUUCAGCCAGGUCCAGAUGAAGAAGUCUCAGCAAUCCUGGGAGCAGAAAUACAACAGAAUGUUGAGUGAGAACAAGACUCUGACUGACAACCUGGAGGAAAGAGAGAGGGAGAUCCAGCAGCUCCGGACGGAGAAUUCCGCCCGGAGUCGACAGUGCAUGGAACUUCUCUCCAUGUUGAGUGUGAAGGAGCAGAGAGCUUACCAAGGAACCAAACCUCAGUACAGCCCAGAGAGAGAUGCAAGUGUUCUAGAGCUGGCAGUGUUGGGUGCCUGCAGGUGUCUUGGUGUUGCUGAAGCUUGUCCGUGCAGUCGGACUGCUGCUGCCAGCAGGAAGCAGCUCUUCCAGCUACAACAGGAGCUGGAUGCUCAGCGUGCCAGGAGAGAAGAGGCGUUGAUGGUUGCUGAUGCUUUUCGUAUUGCCUUUGAACAGCAGCUGAGGAAACGCAGUGAGCACUUCCUGCUGCUGGCUGAAGCCAACAUCCUAAAAACCCAUCACUGCAAGGCUGAAGUUGCUAACAGGAGUCCUUUGCUCAGUGUAAGCCAGAGGUUGAGAGGAUUACUGCCUUCCAAGAUGCCUGAUGAUCUUUUAGAGACUCUCUACAGACUGCUGGACUUGCUGAAUGACAAAGAGGAGGCCCUGGCCCACCAGAGGAAGGUGAGCAUCAUGUUAGCCCACAGUGCUGAGGAGCUGCAGAGACAGUUGCAUCUAGAUUCACAAUGCUGCCCAUCAGACCCAUCAGACAACCAGAGCCAGUGUCAGCAAACAUCUCAUACAUCAGAGUCUCAGCUACAACCACAAGUCUCGUCAGAGUCCAACAUCCAAGCACAGCAACAACUAGUUCCACCAGAUUCCCCGCUUCAGCCAGGACAAACACCAUGUCUGUCAGAGUCCAGGACUGAACCUCAGGAGCUGUCAGACACAUCGCAGUCCAACAUCCAGCUGCUGUCCAACCAUGAGAGCAGUGAGCCUGAAAUCCAACAAUCAGACCAAACAGAGUCCUGAUCCACCCACAGGAUCAAUCAGACUCCACACCUCAGCUACAGACGCAGCAGUCAGGAUUUGAGAACAUGGGAAGAUGCAGAUGUCUUAUCUGUGAUGUCACACAGGCUGUAUUUGAAGGAAGGGUGUGAAAUUGUAUGAUUUGACCUGACUGCUCACUGUUGUUGUCCCAUCAGCUGCUGGAUGGAAAACACCAAACUGUUGUCCUUUAGAGAGGAAGGGUAGCAGUGCUGAGGCUGUGAUGUCCAACCCCACACACACCUUUACCACAUCUCUAAAACAUACUUUUUACUACUAGAUUUACAUCUGGAAAAGCAUAUGAAGGUGUGAAUGUCUAUUAUCAUUUUCCCAGACCUUGUGAAGAACAUCUCAGGUGUUACUGAUAUAAAGCAUAGCUCUGUUCGGUCUUUGAAGUGGAAAAAGCAUUUAGCUGGAAUAGUUGAGAAGAAAAUUGUCAACAGUUUCAAUGUUUUUCACUUUGAAAAUCAAAAACAGAGACCAGUGACAGUUUGUCCAGUCAUGAGUGACUAGUGUAGGAGUAGGAAGGGUCUUUGUUGGUGUCUGAGCUCAGGAGAGGAAUGCCAAUCAGCAUAUUUGCUCCAUGCAGAUGCCUGUCAUGUUUUACCAGAACAUAGUGAGAGAAAUCACUGGUUUGCAGUCUUUGGCAAACAGUUUGAAAAAACUUACUGUCUGUGUUUAAGUUUCAAAGAACAUUGUAGGGAGGAGGGGUAGGUAGAUGGGUUAAUAAAAUGUGACAUGACUUUAUUGAUUUUUUCCUAAACCUGCCUACCUCAACCAAUCACACAUGCAUUGUAGUUUAUCCUUAAUUGUCACAUUGGCCUCUACAGACAGGCAUGCCCACUGCUGCCCUAUUCCAUUGUUAAUGUGUAUUUUAUGUGACAGAAGAAGUACAGGAUUGGUGAUUUAUUUUGAGAGCUAACUUGUAUGUUAACAAUCAAAGAAGCUAACACAA